GUGGAAAAUGUGCGAGGGCGAGGGAUGGACACGGUGUUCGCGUGGAAAUCCAGGAAAUGGAAACUCAAAUCGAACCAACAAAGCUGCAGUUUCCGUUGGAUACCGGCGCGAAAUGUGUGUUAAGCCUGGAAGUGGGUUACGGCGUUUGGGCUUGCAGCUGUGGAUGCAGAGUUCAGUAGGAUAGUUUUGCUGGUGAUGAUUGAACCGGGAAGCGGAUCAAGAUCUGUGGAAAACGCAGCCAGAGCCGAUGAAGCGUUUCGGCGAUGCGUGGUGUAUCUAACGAUUGCUGCGUUGGCGUUGACCGGGCUUGGAUAUGACCCGCACAUGCGAAGUGCCGAGCGAAAAGCUGCGGAAGAAGCUGAAGCGGAGACGGAGCACGAAGAAUUUUAUACGGGAAUCGAGGACGAAGCUCGAGAAGAAGAAGAAGAUGUGGAGAUCAAUUGGCAGCUGAAUAUCUACGUUGCCCGGAUGCUGGCUCCGGUUGUGGUAUGCUUCCUAAUCCAUUCGAUAGCAGAAAUCAAUUUCGUCCGAAGAAUCUACGGCGUAGGACACGUAGUAGUGUGUGUUAUCUACAAGCUGUUAUCCGUUCCAAAGGGCAUCGACAUCCUAUUGUUAAUAUGUGGAUUCUGCUCCGAAUUCUGCUUUGCUGGGAAAAUGUUGCUGUAUAUCUACCAGAUCGUGAUUUAUAGUCCAACCCCUGACAGGUCGUCCUAUGUCAUCUACGGAAUCAUAGCUCAGUGCUUUGGAGCUUCAAUUCUACCGUGGAUCGUCAACGAGCUCGAGGAGACUUGGGAACAUUUCCAGAGCUUCCUCAACUUGGUCGUUACCAUGGUUCAAUUCUUUCUUCUAUAUCCAUGUGAUUUCUGGAAGGAUGCUUUGACGGAAGGAUUUGAUGAUGACAACGAGUUGAAGUUCCGGAAAUUACUGACGAUAGCCAACUUUGGAGUUGUCGCACUUGCUUCCAUCAGCAACGUCACUCUUCAGUGGUUCAUCAACAACAACGAAACCCUCCUUCGACCGCUGCUACCGUUUUUCGUGGGAGAUGAGUUCUGGGACACAUUCUGGAACAUCGUAUUCAAUGGCAUCUCUUUCACAUUCCUAGGCUUCUUUUGCAUAUUUCUCUCCACACAUCAGCUUAUGAUAGCAUCAUUCCUCAUCACGUUCCUAACUGGCGUAGCAUAUCUUUACCUGGAAGAAGAUAUCGGUGCCCGAUUGGCCAUUCCAAUGACGGCGUUCACCUUUGCCGUGGCCUUGCUGCAGCUACUGUCGAUGUGCCCACCGAGUAAGCUUCUGCUACUGAUGGGAUCCGUCUUCACGAUCGUCAACCUGGCUUCGUACGGUUACUUUGGACUGUUGACGCUGUUCUGGAGUUCGCCAGACAUUGUGAUAGUGGUGGUGUGGGCAGUCAACGGAUUUUAUGCGUUGAUUUUGUUGGUGCUUAGUCGAGAAUUGGUACGGCAGAAGGGCGAAAAUGCAGGUCUGGACCGAGAUCGUAGUGGUAGCUUUAAGACCGUAGUCACGACUAUAACCUGAGUUGGUGCUAAACAUUUAAAUAGUUAAUAAUGGAUGUUUCGACGUGUUAGAUUUUUCGAAGGUGCAUUAAAUAAAUAUACAAUUUGUCUAGAGUUUA